GUGAACCAAUUGAUGAAAUAUAAGACAAAAAACAAAAAAGUUAUCACCAAUUGAUUCAAUUGAUUUGAUUUGAUGGCAGAUCUAAACAUCAAUAGUAUUAGUAGUAUUAGUAGUAGUAGUGGUGGUCAUCACAAAGAUUUGUUGUCGUCGUCAUCAUUGUCUUCAUUGUCAAAGAUUAUUGUCAAACCUAGCGACAAAGUCGCCGCCGCCGCCGCCACCACUGCCGCCGCCAAUGAUUUGGCUAUUGAUAUGAAUAAAUUGAAACAAUUGGUUAAACAAGAAUCAGAUCUCAAGAGUCAAUAUAAUUCAUUGCAAAAAGAUCUUCAUUUACAACGAGUAAAGAAUUUACGCGAAGUAUCCGAUAAACUCAAAGAAGACGUCUGGAAGUAUCCGACUGUUGAAUCACUUCUUGGCCUUUAA